AUGAACACCAGUUCCCACCCUGCUGGGCCCUACCAACCGUCCACCCUGAACAGCAGCACCUCCAACCUCCGGCCGCGUGCUUCCCGCCUGAUAUCGUAUGUCGAAGAUGACACCGCGAUCGAGGCAACGGCUGUCUCCACAUCCUCCUUGUCCACCCCGCCGCGAUUCCCCAGCAGAGGUGUCUCCCCGAACACGACCGGAAAUCGAGCCAAGUCUACGGAGGGCAAACGAGAGGGUGCCAGGACAAAGAUUCCUCACAUCAGAUCUCCGUCGGAUAUUCCCAAGACCACUGCAGGAGCGGGAAACCAAGGACUAUGGGAACCAUGGUCGUCACUACAAGAACUGGCAUCAACACUAUUGGGAGACGUCCCUGGAUCGUCCAAGGACAAGCCUGACAGGCCAUUCAAGACGCCGGUCUGGAUGAAGCAGGAUAGACGGAACGGUCCCAAACCACCUCCUCCGAAAUGGGGGCCUAGCUCCAACCCACCGACGGUGACUGCGGCCGACGCAGCUCAGGGGGCGCUCGAAGAGAGACAGGCUCUGGUACAAGCAAAGAGACGGGAAGCGUUAUUACUUGCCAGCACGACGGAAAGUCGCGAUGGCUCUGGACGGUACAAACGGAGAGACUCGAACGCGGGUCUAUCCCCUACGAACCCCACUGCUCACAAUGACCUGGACGCCGACGCUCUGGUAUAUCUUCACAAAGUGCAGAAAGAAGAUACCCUGGCGGGCGUCAUCAUCAAAUACAACUGUCAAACCGAGGCGUUCCGAAAGGUCAAUCGAUUCUGGCCCAACGACAAUAUCCAAACACGAUCCCACGUCGUCAUUCCGCUGGAAGGGUGUUCGGUCAGGGGCAGAAAGGUGGACAGCCCUUACUUGUCCAAAGAGUUGUUUGAUUCUGGGUUCGGGCUGGACCAGUCGAGCUCUCAAACAAACCCCAACCCUUCUCCAUCACUCUCACAGCCUGGUUCAUCCACUGCCGUCAGUGGCACCCAGACACCUUUGCAAAGCAAUCCCACCAAUCCCACAUCACUCAUCACUUCCAUGUCUGAAGAGACGGAAUUCCGACACGACUCCUGGGUCAUGUUGCCCAAUUUCAAGGAGGCCGUCGAGAUCGUGCGCGUCCCCCGCCGCGCUCUGGGCUACUUUCCCCGGCCGCGGCGGAAAUCCAACGCCACAUUCACCGAUGCUUCCACAUCCUCGACACCAAAGACAUCCUUCGACAUGCUCCGUCAUCCACCCAGCCACGCAGCGCAGACCACAGCGUCCCUGAAUAACUCCCCCGUCCGCCCGCCGGGCAUCUCUUCUCGCGUCAAUUCCGCCUCGAGCAGCCGGCACCGCUCGUCCAGCACCGCAGGCGGCUCCUUCGCCGACGCGCUGCGAGGCCCCGGCGGCGUGGGAAGCCUCCGCGGUUUACGCACCGAAGUCGCCCGCCCCGGUCCCGCGGACGACCCGCUGAACCGCAACUUCGCCCAGUAUCUGCCCGACCUGCUCCCGCCGGCGCAAGAAUCGACGACUCCACCGCGGCACGGGUUCAGUCUGCGUCUCCCGACUCCACACAUCACGACGCCCCGCGCAAGCACGGACUCGAUGCGAAGCACCCGGUCAAACUCGAACAGCUCUGGCCUGGGUGACGUCGGAGGGGCCAUCGAAGGCUGGAUGAGGAAGAUGACGGGCGGAAAGCGGGACAGAGGCGCCGCUGUCGACAAGAUGGGCGAUCUCAUCGAGUUGGAGACCAAUACUGAAGACGGCCCUGGUUCAAGCAGCGGGGUGACGCCAGUCUCGGCCACCACUUCGGCGUCGGCGUCGGCGACCGAAGAAGCGCUCUUGAAUGAACGCUUUCCUCUGCGCGGGAGGGUCAGGACGGCGUAUGCCCGGACGGAUUCGUCCUCGGCCAAAGAUAAAGACGCCUGA